AUGGACGCCGAUGGCUACCGCCACGAUGGUGAGUAUACAGAAGUAGAGGAUGGCGUGGACGAGGAUAGCGAGGGCGCUGGUGCCCAUGUUGCCGAACUCCACCACCCUGACCCUCGCCGGCAGCUGGAACAGGAACCCCGGCGACAGCAGGAUGAACAGCACCACCGCCACGAUGAUCGGCCCUCAGUCCGUCGUCGCCAUCUCCCUGUCUCGCGCGCACACCUUCGCUGUGACUAUGCUUUGCUUUGCUUGCUUGCUACGUAUACUGAGAGCAAUCGAGUGGUGAGGUCCGCGUCGGUUUGGGGAGUCAAUAAGGGUCCGGUAAAUGCCAUCUUUGGGAGCAAGCAACCGAAAGGGGCGAAAGGCAGUGGCGGCAAAAGACAAAGGCGAGCAGAGAGCAGCUUUAUUACUCGUGAAGAGCGCCGACGCGGUUUGGAGUUUGAAGUUGGAUAG